CGAUCUUUUCUCUUCUCCCUACACCGAACUUUAUCAUUGAAAAAUCUCGACAUUUUCUUCCCUCUCUGACGUUCUCCUCUUCUCUCUUUAGGGCAAUCUAACUCGCUGUUUGACUCAGACCCCCAAACCCUCGCUCUCGCUGAUCUGCUCCCUCAGGCUAUAGGUUAUUUGUUAACGGAGAAGAUAUAUCAAGUUGUUCGUACAAGGAAGGGUUAUUUCUCGGCAAGGAAGCAAGGAAUGCGUUAUUGCAUGACCUUUUGAUGCUCAUGCAAUGUCGGGUUUACUUAAUUCUUCUCUAAACGGAUCAGCCUCAAAUCUCCCAGACAGUAGUGGGCGAUUUGCAUCAUCUUUCUCUGGUCAAUCUGGUGCAGCUUCUCCCGUUUUUCAUCACUCAGGAAGUAUGCAGGGAUUGCAUAAUAUUCAUGGGAGCUUCAAUGUUCCCAACAUGCCGGGUACAUUAACAUCAAGAAACUCAACAAUAAAUAAUGUUCCUUCUGGUGGAGUCCAACAACCAGCUGGAAGCCUCUCUGGCGGACGAUUCACAUCAAAUAACCUUCCUGUUGCUUUGUCUCAGUUAUCUCAUGGAAGCUCCCAUGCACAUUCAGGAGUCACUAAUAGAGGAGGAUUGGGUGUGUCCCCAAUUUUGGGAAAUGCAGGUCCUCGGAUUACAAGUUCCAUGGGAAACAUGGUUGGUGGGGGAAACAUUGGGAGGAGUAUUAGCACUGGUGGAGGCUUGUCGGUGCCUGGUCUUGCUUCUCGUCUGAAUUUAAGCGGAAAUGGUGGAUCUGGAAGUUUAACUGUACAAGGGCAAAAUCGCUUGAUGAGUGGUGUGCUACCACAAGGGUCUCCGCAAGUAAUUUCGAUGCUAGGAAACUCUUACCCUAAUGCUGGUGGUCCACUUUCUCAAAGCCAUGUCCAAGUGAAUAAUUUGAGCUCGAUGGGAAUAAUGAAUGAUGUGAAUUCUAAUGACAGUUCUCCUUUUGACAUCAACGAUUUCCCUUCAUUAACAAGUCGUCCCAGUUCUGCGGGAGGGCCUCAGGGGCAGUUGGGUUCACUACGAAAACAAGGCCUUGGUGUUAGUCCUAUUGUUCAACAGAACCAAGAGUUCAGCAUCCAAAAUGAGGACUUUCCAGCUUUACCGGGAUUUAAAGGUGGUGAUGCUGAAUAUGGGAUCAAUAUGCACCAGAAAGAACAACUCCAUGACAAUGCUGUGUCGAUGAUGCAAUCUCAGCACUUCCCAAUGGGACGGUCCUCAGGAUUUAACUUGGGGGGAACUUAUUCUUCUCAUAGGCCACAACAGCAACAACAUGCUCCAUCAGUCAGCAGUAGUGGUGUCUCGUUUUCACAAGUAAACAAUCAGGAUCUUCUCCAUAUGCAUGGUUCAGACAUAUUCCCAUCAUCACAUUCAACAUAUCAUUCACAGACUAGUGGAGGACCUCCUGGCAUUGGAUUAAGACCUCUGAAUUCUGCCAAUUCAGUUUCUGGCAUGGGUUCAUAUGACCAGCUUAUUCAGCAGUAUCAACAACAAAAUCAAUCCCAGUUUCGCCUGCACCAGAUGUCAGCUGGCAAUCAAUCAUAUAGGGAUCAGGGAAUGAAAUCGAUGCAGUCAGCGCAAUCUGCUCCAGACCUAUUUGGUUUGCUUGGAUUGUUAAGUGUCAUAAGGAUGAGUGAUCCUGAUCUUACAUCUCUUGCACUUGGAAUUGAUUUGACAACGCUUGGAUUAAACUUGAAUUCAACAGAAAACCUUCACAAGACUUUUGGUUCCCCAUGGUCUGACGAGCCGGCUAAGGGUGAUCCAGAGUUUAGUGUUCCGCAAUGUUACUAUGAACAACCGCCUGUACUACAUCAAGGGUAUUUUUCAAAGUUUUCUGUGGAAACGUUGUUCUAUAUCUUUUACAGCAUGCCCAAAGACGAGGCCCAAUUAUAUGCUGCCAAUGAACUAAAUAAUAGAGGCUGGUUUUAUCACAAGGAACACCGCCUAUGGUUCAUAAGAGUACCCAACAUGGAACCACUUGUGAAGACCAACACGUGUGAGAGAGGAUCUUAUCACUGCUUUGAUCCCAAUACCUUUGAAACUAUCCGAAAGGAUAAUUUUAUUGUGCAUUACGAGUUGUUGGAGAAGAGACCGGUGUUACCACAGCAUUGACACUCUUAAUAUUUUAGAAUGUAAAGUUUCAGUUGAUGGAUUUCAUUCAUUAGAACGUAAAUCAGUUUCUCGUAUCAAUCAAUGUUCCUUCAAUUUAGCAAUUGUAAGCAAUCGUCUUAUACACCUUAUUGCAGUGUUCAGCUAAUCAGCUUCUUACCCUUCUGUUUUUUUA